AGGUCAAGGUGUUCCAUUAGCAUGGUUAUUAACAGAAUCUCAAGACUCUGAAACAAUCAAGCUAUGGCUUCGUGCUUUGAAAGAGAAUGGUUGGAUUGACCCGAUAAAUAUAAUCUUGGAUAAUGAUGAUGCAGAAAUUAGUGCAAUCUGUGAUAUUUUUAUUACGUCAAAUAUUUUUUUAUGUUGGUGUCAUGUCAAAUACGCAUGGCAUAGUAUUUCUGAUAAAAGUGAGAUGAAUAAUGCUCUUAUUAAAUUUAAGCAAAAAUGGCAACAUACAGCUGCGAUACAAUAUUUUAAUGCUCAAUAUCGACGAAAAAAAG